AUGUUUGGGAUCCAGGAGAACAUCCAGAGGAGCGGGAGUGUUAUGAAAGAAGAGCCAAUGGUGGCCGGGAUGAACGCAGUGCGGAGCUGGAUGCAGGGCGCCGGGCUGCUGGACUCCAUCACAGCCGCCCAGAGGUAAGCCCGAGAUGGCUAGCCAGUCAGCACUGGCCCCGGGGAAUGGAGAGGAUAUAGAUUGGAGGUCUCUAUCUCAGCCCGGUUAUCUGAGACGGACCACGUGUUUUGGGACAGCAUUGCGCUCCCAAUGGACUGUUGGUUUCCUUUUCUAGGCAUAUAGCCUAAUAUUGACUUGGGAGAUUUGAUUAUAGCUUGCUUUCAGAUGUAUGUGGUUGAAGCUAGGCUAUAGCAUAGCCUACAGAAUGUUUUUAUUUCUGUUUGAUUGUAACUUAUUCAUGUAGCCUAUUCGGUAGUAGCCUAUCAAAUCAAUCAAAAUAAACAGUAUAUCCAAAUAAAUUAAACAUGUCAGACACAGGCCUGAUUUUACAGCCUAGUUAUUUAUUUAUAAUGAAACGUCAAUAAUUAUAACACAGUAAAACAGUAGUACAAUCACUAUUUUUGAGACAGGUUGAUUAUUACAGUCCGUUCGACAAAAAGGUCCCCACAUCUAGCAUAGGCUAUCCAUGUAGCGACCAAAUCCAAACUAUUCAUCUAGACUAAGGCUAUACUUUGACAGUUCGUAAAUAAUCUUUGUUUGGCCCAUAACUCAUUUUAGAGAUGUGCAAAUGACCCCGUGGAAAUAUGAUAUUUCAGCCUGAAUUUAUAUUCAAAAUUGGUUACAAUGUAAAAUAAAGUCAAGAUAUAUUGACAAUUUCGGGGGCCAGAACUUUAGUGUUUUACUCUUUUACUUCUAAUUGUUGAAAUCAUUUGUAAACUAAUUCAGUGGCAUCCCAUGUGAAAGUUGUGCUAACGGGGCUUGGUGCUGCUUGUAUUCGCAGCGGAGUGGCUCUAGCCCGGGCACAUUUCGAGAAACAACCGCCCUCCAACCUUCGCAAGUCCAACUUCUUCCACUUCGUGCUGGCUCUGUACGACAGACAAGGGCAGCCGGUGGAGAUAGAGAGAACCAGAUUCGUUGGAUUUGUUGAAAAGGAAAAGGUGAGUUUUCCCAAAACAUUAUGAAAGCCAUGACCCUAUCAGCAGCCUAUAUAUAUAUAUAUAUAUAUAUAUAUAUAUAUAUAUAUAUAUUGAUUUGUCAUCUGCAGCAGUUCCUUUACAUGCAUGAGGCUUAUGAAUAUAUUGCUUAAUUUAUUACUACAAUUAAAAAUACAAAUGUUGUCUUACAAUAAUUGUUAUAGAUAUGAUUUUGAGUUUUUUUUAUAUUCGUUUGGAGGACAUGGAAGGAACCCGCUGUUCAUGCUGUUUUAUUCGAUGCUUUGUGUUGUAUUUAUUAUUCAUAUCUUUGACCCACAACCCGCCGCUUAAAAGCCACUUUGCGCGUCGAUCAUUUGCUCAUGUUCUAGCGUUUUAACGCAAAAUUGUAGUAUAACUUAUUGCUAUAGACAAUAUUACAGCACUAAACGUUUAUAAUUAUUCAUGCAAGUCUGUAAUUGUCACCAGACAACUCUUUAGACAUGCAAUUUUAUUUUAGUAGGCUAUUGUUCCAGUAUUAAAAUCGAAUGUAUUUGGUUAAACACAAAUAUAAUUUAUUAGUAGGGUAUUAUAAGCCGGAGUCCUGUAGCCCACCUAUAGUCAUAUUACUUUUAUAUGGCACUAAGGCACUGAAGUCAUUCCCAUGAGUUCUAUUUAUCAUGGGACGUAUUUUGAAAAUUAUGUACACAUAGUUUUUUAAAGUUAUUAUAUCGUUUCUGAUAUUGAUAUCGAAAUAUAUAUUUGGUACGUUUAAAGAGAGUGUUUUGCGCCUUUUGUAAAUCUGUGUGUAGUGGGUUUUGUUCUUUGUGACCUGACUGAGUGUGUGUGUGUUGGCAGGAAACGUCAGGGGAAAAGACCAACAAUGGGAUACAGUACAGGCUACAGCUCCUAUACAGCAAUGGUACGGUCAACACACACACACACACACACAUACACACACACACACACACACACACACACACAUACACACACACACACACACAGAUGUAUUACAUACCAAUCCACCAGGGAAUUCCAAUGCAACAAAAUUAAUUUCAAUAAAAUAUAUGUGAUAAAAAAUUACAGUAAAUGUAAAUGUGUUAUUGACAUACGAAAUUAACACUGAUUGUUAUUAUUAUAAAAAUUAUUCAUUUAAUGUAAGCAUUAGUAUUAGCCUAUUAAUAUAUCGUUUUUUUAAAUAUCUAAUUUUUUACAAAUAGUUUAUUCAAUAGCCUAUGUCAUUUAUAGUUAGGACUUAUGUCUGUGGCAUGCUCUACAGAAAAUUGGCAAUCUUCUAUUUGUAUUAACAAUAACCAAUCCAGAAAUUUUUAUUUAACCUGAAACUGAAAUGACCUUUAGGUCUAUGAAUACUAACAGCACAUAUACAGUAUAGGCUAACUAACUUUGUCUGUUUCUCUAUGUAUCUCUCUAACAUCUCUCUUUACUGUAUGUCUCUCUCUCUCUCACUUUACUGUAUAUCUCUCUCUCUUUACUGUAUAUCUCUCUCUCUUUACUGUAUAUCUCACUCUCUGUCUGUAGGUAUCAGGACAGAACAGGACUUUUACGUGCGCCUCAUCGAUUCCAUGACCAAACAGGUACCAUCUCUUUCAUGAAAGGCGAUCGUGUGUGUGGGUACGUGUGUGUGUCUGUAUGUACGUGUGUGUGUGUGUGUUUGUGUGUGUGUGUGAGUGAGUGUGUGUGUGACUCACAGGUCUGAGAGCAUGUAGUGUGGUUGGCGAGAGUUGAAACUGGACUGAGGAUGUUGGAAGAGGUGCUGGAAGGGCCAGAUGGUGCACUAUACUACAGUCUGGCAGACCAACUGUUCACACACACACACAAACACACACACGUUAUGUAUCUCAUGCUACCAGAUGAAAACCACUUGGUGUGUGGUUGUAAAGAAGAAUCACCACGAGGCAAACUCUGUUUUACUAACAAACCAAACCUCCCUCUCUCUCUCUCUCUCUCUCUCUCUCUCUCUCUCUCUCUCUCUCUCUCUCUCUCUCUCUCUCUCUCUCUCUCUCUCUCUCUCUCUCUCUCUCUCUCUCUCGCUCACUCUCUCAAUUUAAUUUAAGGGCUUUAUUGUCAUGGGAAACAUAUGUUAACAUUGCCAAACAAAAGUGAAAUAAACAAUAAAAAGUUAACAGUAAACAUUACACUCACAAAAGUUCCAAAGGAAUAGAGACAUUUGAAAUGUCAUAUUAUGUCAAUAUACAGUGUUGUAACGAUGUUCAAAUAGUUAAAGUACAAAAGGGAAAAUAAGUAAACAUAAAUAUGGGUUGUAUUUACAAUGGUGUUUGUUCUUCACAAAUCUUGCUGCUGUGAUGGCACACUGUGGUAUUUCACCCAAUAGAUAUGGGAGUUUAUCAAAAUUGGAUUUGUUUUCUCUGUCUCUGUCUCUGUCUCUCUCUCUGUCUCUCUCUCUCUCUCUCUCUCUCUCUCUCUCUCUCUCUCUCUCUUCUCUCCUCUCUCCUCUCUCUCUCUCUCUCUCUCUCUCUCUCUCUCUCUCUCUCUCUCUCUCUCUCUCUCUCUCUCUCUCUCUCUCUCUCUCUCUCCAGGCGAUCACCUAUGAGGGACAGGAUAAGAACCCUGAAAUGUGUCGGGUUCUAAUGACUCAUGAGAUCAUGUGCAG